AUGGCUGUAGGAACUGUUCUGAUUACCGGUGGUACCGGCUACAUUGGAUCUUUCACCACGCUUGCCUUGCUUGAGCAUGGUUAUGAAGUCAUCAUUGUAGACAACCUAUACAAUUCGUCCGAGGUUGCUCUCGACCGCAUCGAGCUCAUUUCCGGCAAGAGGCCAACUUUCUACAAAGUUGACCUAACAGAGCAAGAUGAGCUCGACAAAGUCUUUGCUGCUCAUCCCCAAAUCGACAGCGCUGUCGGCGAAUCUGCCGAGAUCCCUCUCGAGUAUUACCGCGUAAACGUUGGUGGUACUAUCUCCCUCUUGGGUUCCAUGAAGAAGCAUGAUGUUACCAACAUAGUGUUUUCCUCCUCAGCAACGGUCUACGGUGACGCGACUCGUUUCGAGAACAUGAUUCCCAUUCCUGAGCACUGCCCUAUUGGGCCUACAAACACUUACGGAAGAACCAAGGCUAUUGUCGAAAACAUAAUCGAGGAUUUUAUCGGUGCGCAGCGCCAGAACUUGAAGAAGGCCGACAAGCCGUUUGAGCAAUGGAAUGGCGCUAACCUGCGGUACUUCAACCCGUGUGGUGCACACCCUACCGGUAUUAUGGGUGAGGAUCCUCAAGGCGUACCAUAUAACCUAUUGCCGUUGCUGGGCAAAGUUGCGACUGGUGAUCGGCCGAAAAUUCUAGUCUUCGGAGAUGACUAUUCAUCCCGAGAUGGAACUGCCAUCCGCGACUACAUCCACGUCGUCGAUCUUGCAAAGGGUCAUUUAGUUGCGUUAAACUAUCUUCGUGAACACAAGCCCGGCGUCAAGGCAUGGAACCUAGGUUCUGGCAGAGGUAGCACCGUUUUCGAGAUCAUCAAGGCAUUCAGCAAGGUUGUCGGCCGCGACCUGCCAUAUGAGGAAUUGCAGUGGAAGACAGAGCUCACCAUGGAGAAGGCAUGCGAGGAUCUAUGGAGAUGGGUGUCGAACAACCCGAAGGGAUACCGACAGGAGCCUCCAGCCGAACUACUAGCCGGCGUCAAGGGUAAGGCCUCUUGA